CUUACACCAUGGCUCAGAAUCCAAAAUCGAGCAUUCUGGUUCCGCUGUACAUCUAUCCUGACCAUGGCAAAUGGGAUCCUCUUUAUGAAGCCAUUGUGGCCAACCAAGAUGUAAACUUCACAAUAAUCAUCAACCCAAACAGUGGCCCGGGCUCGGCCCCAUGGUGGCCAAAUGAUGACUACGUUCGCGAAAUCCCACGGCUAAAUGAACACUCCAAUGUGCGAAUAGUCGGAUAUGUUCGGACGGCCUACUGCCAACGACCGAUUCAAGAGGUGUAUAGGGAUAUCACGAAGUACGCGGAGUGGUCUCGAGAUCAUGUGGCUUCAAGACUUAGUGUGAAGGGGAUCUUCUUUGACGAAACGACAAAUGUGUUUUCUGAAGAGGUGAGAGAAUAUCUGGACGCAAUUUCUCAGUAUGUGAAGCAAAGCGAAGGGAUCCUCGGGGAUCGAACGGUGAUUCACAACCCCGGGACAGCCGUCGAUGCCCGCCUAGCAAAUCCUGGCCCUGAUGUCACCGCUGUGGUUGAAGUCGCGCAUUCGACAUACCAGACGCCAGAGUACCAACAAUGGCUAUCUACCUCUUCAUACGAUCGAUCGAGAACCUGUUACAUCAUACAUUCGGUCCAGGCUGAGGAUGUGAAGAGAUUGGCGUAUGGGUUGCGAGAACGCGCGGCCUAUCUUUUCGUUACAGAUCUUAGCGAAAAUUACUACCAAAGCUUUGGUUCCAGUUGGAAGCAUUUCGUCGAGGCUAUUAAAAUGGAUUGAGAUGUUGGAAUUUAAUAAUGCAGAGGAGGAAAGC